AAAUUCCGUCCGUUGGGGAAAAGCCCCAAAACUUCCCUCGUUCCUGGUUCUUGCCAUAUUAGGGUUUUAGCAACUUCGUUUUGCCAUAACUAUCGAGCUCAAACUUCUGCAAUUUUCACAAUUUAGUUGUAGUUACAUACUUAAAGUCCAGUUCUUACAGAUUUUACUUCGUCGCUGACUGAUCCUUCUAUUUAUAGCAUGAAGUUGCAAACCCUCAAUUCACCAUUGCUUGAAAAUUUAGAACCAAUGUUAAACGAAUCAAUCUACCACUUUCUAGUUGAGUUUCAGAAAGGUAGAACCGAUUUUUCAGAACUCGGUUCCAUUUUCUUCCGUUUGACCCAGACGAUGACAGACCCACCGCUUGAAUUCAUCUGGUUUUACUCUGCACUCACAUUUCAAACCGCUAAAUCAUCCAAUUUAAGAGAUCCACAUAAUUUUUUGCUGUCUCUUAAGGACUUGUUUCACUCCCUUGUUUCCUUUCCUACUCCCUCUGAUAGCUGUUACUUGACGCAAGUGUCUCUUCUCGCCCCAGUUCUAUACCAAUUAGUUAACUUAAAAUUUCUGAUUUCUAGCUUUAAGGCCGAGAUCGAGGGUUUAGUGGAUGCAGUAGUUAGUCACAUAAUUUUGUGUUGCAAUAAUGAUUUGGUAGAACAAGAGGUUAGGGUUUAUAAAUCAAGUGUGAGUUGGGUUAGUCUAGUGCCAAUCUGGAUCGCUGAUCAGGUUAAUGAGAAUCAAGGUCGCGUAGAUGGUUUGCAGUUGUUUUUCCCUCUUUCAACUGAAGAUAUUCGUCAGGGAAUUAAUGAGGAUAGUGGAAUGGCUUACCUUGCUGGGGUUGUUAUGAUCGAGUCCUUUCUGUUGAGGUUGUGUCUAAUGUUUGGUUCAGAAGAUUCCCGGAAGGAAUUGCACAAGGAUGUCAAAAGUUACGCUGCUCAGAUUAUCAAGGGGUUCAAGAAGAAUCCAACCUUUUUAGUUAUGCUUUUCAAACUGCUAUUGGAACCAAGUUUGCCUGUAGCCGAGCUAUUGUCUUCAACAGAUGAACUCCUCCUCAAGAAACUGCUUUUUGAUGUUGCAUUGGAUUUAGGGUCUUUUCUCAAUUAUGAUACUUCCUCAUGGCUCUCAGAUGUUCAGUACAAAGACAUAGCCAUCCUUUGGUUGUUUCUCACAAACUCUGCAUUGCAGUUUAUAAGUGAAAAUGGUGACCAUGCUGGAGUCGGUUGUUAUAUGAAUGGCUUUUCAGCAUCUCAGCUCCCACGACAGAUAAUUUCAUGGGUCACUAGUGGGACAAAUAUGAAACCAACCACACCUGAUAUUUCCUCCCCCAAGGACCUUAUUGGUUGGCUGCUGGUAUUGGAAAAGCAAGGGCUUAAAAUAUGCGAUUACAGCAUCUCGGGGUUACAUGAGAAAACUUUAAAGGACAAAAAGUCAAUGGGAAUCAACAAUGGAGUCAAAGAUGGAGAUAGUAUGAUUGAGGAUGCACCCAUACAGAUCAAUGGGAGAAGAAAACGUGAUACCAUGGGGUUCGAGUGUGAGGUACAAAAGCAGAUUAAGGUCAUAAAGUGUUGUCAUGAGAAUCAGGGCGAUGGCGGAUUCCGUGGUAAAAAUGAAGUCGGAAACGCGGUUUCCGAUCAGGAGAUGGUGGAUAUGGUCAGAAUGGCUGUUCUUGUGACUACACCAAAGAAGUUAAGAGCAAUGAUGUUAUUAUUCAACCAUGCUUGGAUAACAUUAAUGAAGCAAAAAAAAUUGCGAAAGAAUAAAAACAAGAACACGGGGAAAAUCUUCAAAUACAUGUGGUAUUAUGUUAAAUUCCUUUCAUUUGAGAUUGACGAAAGACUACUGACACAUGAUUGUCCGAUAAUAAGAACACAUGAACAUAAUGACCUAAAGAAGAAAUGA